AGCGCCAGCUAUCCCGGCGGGCCGCGCGCGCGGCCGCGUUUGAAUGGCCCUGAGUGGGACUCGGCCCAGAAGCCGAAGGACGCUCUAGGUUGCCGGGCGCGGAUCGUCAGCGCCGAGCCUGGGCUAAGGCGCCGCGGUACCAUGAGGCGCCGGUACUUAAGAGAUUAUGGCAUCGGAAACCCACAAUGUUAAAAAACGGAACUUUUGUAACAGGAUUGAGGAUCAUUUCAUUGAUCUUCCUAGAAAAAAGAUCUCUAAUUUCACUAAUAAGAACAUGAAGGAGGUUAAGAAAUCUCCAAAACAGUUGGCUGCUUAUAUAAAUAGAACAGUUGGACAAACUUUGAAAAGCCCAGAUAAACUUCGUAAAGUGAUCUAUCGCAGAAAGAAGGUUCAUCAUCCCUUUCCAAAUCCUUGUUACAGAAAAAAACAGUCCCCUGAAAGUGGGGGCUGUGACAUGGCAAAUAAAGAAAACGAACUGGCUUGUGCAGGCCACCUGCCUGAAAAAUUACACCAUGAUAGUCGAACAUAUUUGGUUAACUCCAGUGAUUCUGGUUCUUCACAGACAGAAAGCCCAUCAUCAAAAUAUAGUGGGUUUUUUUCUGAGGUUUCUCAGGACCAUGAAACAAUGGCCCAAGUUUUGUUCAGCAGGAAUAUGAGAUUGAAUGUAGCUUUAACUUUCUGGAGAAAGAGAAGUAUAAGUGAACUUGUAGCUUAUUUGUUGAGGAUAGAAGAUCUUGGCGUUGUGGUAGAUUGCCUUCCUGUGCUCACCAAUUGUUUACAGGAAGAAAAACAAUAUAUCUCACUUGGCUGCUGUGUAGACUUGUUGCCUCUAGUAAAGUCACUACUUAAAAGCAAAUUUGAAGAAUAUGUUAUAGUUGGUUUAAACUGGCUUCAAGCAGUCAUUAAAAGGUGGUGGUCAGAACUAUCAUCCAAAACAGAAAUUAUAAGUGAUGGAAAUAUAAAAAUUUUAAAACAACAAUUAAAUGGAUUAUGGGAACAGGAAAACCAUCUUACUUUGGUUCCAGGAUAUACUGGUAAUAUAGCUAAGGAUGUAGAUGCUUAUUUAUUACAGUUACAUUGAAAGAUUUCAUCUACUAAAGAGCAUUUGGUUUUUCAAAACAUCCCUGAACUGUAUAAUUACAAAAAAAAAGUCUCGUCUGAGAACUGUGAACUGUGGAAGAAAUCAAAACUAUUUUUUCUUUUAAAAAACCACAUAAUGAAACCACUAAUGAAAUCCCAACAGUCUACUUCACAUUGAAGUGGAAAUAUAUCCAAAAGGAGCAGCUUCAAUUUCAUUGAGGUGAAAGUGCACUAUGAAGAUUUAUUCACCUUUGCUGCAUUUGGGAGUUAUAUGGUUAUUUGGUAACAUUAAGAACUACUGGAUUUUAAUGCAAUCCUGCAUAAAAAUAUAAUUUAUACUAUGUGAAAAAGUAAGACAGGACUUAUUACUAGGAACCACCAAGACCAAUCAUCAUUAACUUUUUUAAGAUUGUGUUUUAUUAAAAAAAAAAAAAACACUUUAAUGUGUGCAGCUAUUUUCUUAUGUUGAAAAGACUGAAAGUUUAAAACAUGAAAAAAUCAAUAUUAAACAUUUUUUGUUCACACUGAGAUACUGUGUAUGUAAAAUGCCUUAAUUAUUAAUAAGCCAAUAUGUUAUGAUACCAAUAUCUGUUUUAAAAAACUAAAACCAACCAUGCUUCUGGCAUGAUAAAAUCAUGGAAUUAAAUCAGGGGCCUACAUUCUUGUAGAAUGUUCUUGAAACACUCUCUGCACCAUUUUUAAAACUUGAUAAUAGUUUUAGUAUCUCUGAUAUUUUUUGCCAGAAUCAUCAUGUCAUGUACGUAUGUGUUAUCCCUAUCUAAGGAAAAAGGUGAAUAUGUUUUUGUAUGAAUGUUUAACUGGAAGUGUCCAUGGACUUGGCUAAUUUAUAUUUACUUUUUAUUGUACAUAGAUUUCUAAUAUUUUUCAUUCCUGUAUCAUUUAAACUUCCUUCAUUUGAGUAAAUUGACUAAAUAUUUCUAUUUUUUGCUUUUUUAAAUUCUGAUUUUGUAUGAAUUCUAAUUCUUUUUCACUACAUAUGUUUUUUUAAAGAGUUACAUACAGUGAUUUAGAGUGGUUUACAGUUAAUGCUGACCUUGUAUUUUAAAUUCCAACACUUUGUGUCACUACCUCCUCUAAUGGUUAAUAUGAUAUGCUAGCAGACUGUAUGAGGUCUUUUUUUAAAAUACCAUUUUUAGUGUCAGUGAACCAAAUUCUAGAAUGUCUUAACAGCUCUAAAUCUUACUUGGCUGGAAGAUGAUUGGGGUUUAAUACCACUGCUGGUGGUUCACACUUCAUCCCAUCCUUAAUAUGCCUGAGCCAUCUGAGCAAAGGUUUUUAGUAAUUGAAUUUCUCUGCAGUAGUCCUUCAAGCACUUGAAUGUAAACCUUUAGCAUUUACCCGUUUAAUGACUACUGAUAUGAAUCACAAGCGAAUUUCUUGCUUUAAAAAGUUAUGUUUCACUGAGUUCUGGUUUUGUGUAGCUAUAUUUUAUAUCACUAGAUAUUCCUCACAGUGAACAUGAAUUGUAAUAAUUAUUUCCUUAAGUCUUUAGAUUAGAAUAAUUUCAGAUUAUUGCACUUCUGUGAUUUGAGAAGGUGAGUUAUUUAAGAGGCCGGUUUUCAGGACAUGGGAAUUUGAAUUGUAAACCUGUUAUCUCUGUGUAACUUUAACAUGAUAAAAUAUAACCUUUCCUUGUGCUUA